ACAUAAAUUUACUUCCGCGUAUGCGCACGCACCUGUUUCUAAGCUAAACAAAUAUGGAGGACAUAUUCUGUUAAAAAAAUAGUUGUUUUGCAAAUAAAAACAGACCAGUCGAUUUAUUCAAAAUGUCACGAGCGCAAGCCGAGAGUGUUAUAAAGAACAUCAUUCGAGAAAUAGCGCAGGAAUGUGCCAGCAAAGGUCAAGCGGUCUCAGAAACGCUGGUUGCAUUUAUGGUUAAAGCUGUAGUGUUGGACCCUGCAAACGAGUUUAAUGUGGACAGGACGCUGACAAAGGAUGAUGUGCAAAAGUUAAUAAGGUUAUGUGUGGACAGGUUGAUGGACACCCGAUCUCCAGCAUUGGACACUGUGAAAAUGCAAGUUUACUUCGAUAUGAACUACACUACAAGAUCUGAUUUCCUUGACGAGCAUCGGCGUGUGUUAGAAUCUCGUCUCCAGCCAGUACUAAGGGAGAUAACAGACAGUCGAGCGCGCACGAGAGAAGAGCUUGAGAGCCUGUACAGGAAGAUUGUUUCUGCUGUUCUGCUGCGAUCGGGCCUUGGGAGCCCCACGGAUAUUGCCGUUGUCAGAGAAGCCACAGCGGCCCUGCAGAGUGUGUUCCCACAGACAGAGCUGGGUACCUUCAUGUCUCUAACCAAGCGGGACAAAGAGAGACAACUCCUUGAGCUCACCAUGAUCGUUACCGGUAUCCGACUCUUCAACAAGGAGUGCGGGAAAGGUGGCGAGGGCAUCGAUGAUUUGCCAGCCAUUUUGAAUGAAGCAGUCCCGGCCACUACUCAGAAUGUUGAUGCAGAAAUCCAUGCUGCACUGAGGGGAGCCAAUAAAUAUACAGCCCUGGUGGAGAAGAUCCAGUCAGGUGAGAGCAUGGAGGGACCGUCAGUCCAGCUGCUGAAGGAGGCCCUUAUCAACUCACGCCAGCAUGAGGCCUUCCUUAGGGUCAUCCUGAAUGACGUGAUCAGCUGCGCCCAGCAGGUGGAGAUGUUGGAACAGCAGCUGGCAGCCAGGAUGGAGCAACUGCAGGCCACCGUGCAGUCCAAGACAGCAGUACCUACUGCUCAGGUCUAUCCCCAGUUCAUCCACCUGUCCCAGCUGUGGAGUGGAUUCCAGGACGAGAUGGUGCUACUCAGUGUCCUCAGUAACAUACUGGCCAGUCUGGACCCAUUCACCAGGGGCCACAGAGAGCUGUUCAAUGACGAAGUCCUCAUGCCUUUCCUGACAGGUGUCAGCAUCAAGUCGGAUGAGCAGAGAAUACAAGAGACAUCUGGUCAUGAAAGCAGAGUGAAUCCAAAUGAUUUCCGGGAUUUAGAUUGGCUCUUUCCAGAAACAACAAAAAAUUUCAACAAAUUACCUUUACAGUAUCGGGGGUUUUGUGCCUGGGCACUUGCCAAGUUUGAUCGCCUUCUACUGCCUGCUAAUCCUGAGAUAGGCGUCCUACGCUUCAAGGAACACUUUUAUGCCUUUUCCUCUAAGAAAGCUGCUAUGGAGUUUUCAAGCAAUAUAGAAGGGUACAUACAGCAGGUGGCAGAAGGUGCCAAGCGCAGUCCUGAGCUCAUCCAGCUGCUCGAACUGCACACCCAGUUUGCCACCAUCACACCCUACACCACUGGUAAAGAUCAAGGUCGUAUGAUUGAGAAGCCGGUCACCAAGUGUGACAGCGGUACGCAGACUGACACUCACAUUCUUGAGGCCAACAUUGUCAAAUCUUAUGAGUGGAAUGAAUGGGAACUGCGAAGGAAAGCUAUCAAACUGGCCAACUUACGGACACGCGUGACUCAUUCCAUGCAGACGGAUCUCAGCAACAUGCGCCGCGACACGGCCAUUCAAGUGUGGCCACCAAAGGAGCAGCUCACCCAGACCAAAGGGGACAGCUACACCAACGUGCCCCAACCCCACGUGUUCAUGGCGGGACUGCGCGGAGGGGGCAUGAACCAGUCCACAGUGAUGACCAAGAUGGACCUUACCAUCGACGUCGAUCAGACAUAAUCAUUGAUACCUGUAGACGUUUGGGACUGUAGCCAUUUGGAUUAACAUUAAAAAGAAAUUUGGGACUGUAAAAAUAAAAAAUAAUAAUAUUUAUAAGAAAUUUGGGACUGGAGCCAUUGUGAUUUGUUUAAAUAAAAGGACUUUUAACAUUGUUAUUAAAAUUUUGAAGAAAAUUGAGAUUGUAACUAUUGUGAUUAUUUUUAGAAUAGAAAUGUUAAGACAAUUAAAUUAUGCUUUUAUUAUUAUAUACUUAAUGAUAAUUAUUAAGAAUUGUGGACAGCAAUUAAAUAUCUGAUAAAAAAAUGUUCAUGCACAAUAUAAAUAAUUUAGUAUAAAUACUAUACUGUACAUUUGUUGUGGCAUUAAAUGUUUACAUCUUACAUGUUACUGAGGUAUUUAUGCUUAUGGUGUUUUUAGUCAAUUAAAUUAAUGAAAUAA